CUUCUAUAACGGGAAAUCUAACCUGGUGAAAAGAUGAUUGGAGAUUUGGUAAAAGGGAGAGAAAAAUCCACCCUUACUCUGAUCGAGGGUCCGUGUUUCAUAUUAUAUAUUUAUUCUCUUACCUCUCGUACUAUUCGUCACUGUCCAUUUGUUGGUCAGGCUGAUAGCACAGCAGAGACUUGGAUCAAUGCUCCUAUUUAUUGUGUCAUUGAUCAGAUUCCAUUGAAGAGCCAGGAAGAGGGCUGGUGUCAUGCUUCCUUCUCAGUCUUUGUCAAAGGGUGGAUGAAAUUCACGUGAUCACAUUAGAUCCAAAGUCACAGUCAAUGCUAGAGGUGGUGCCAGCUGAGGCAAAGACUAAAAUAAUUCAUCAUAAUUACCAACAUGCCUUUCUCAAAAUGAAAGAAUCAGAACACUGCCUGGAUUCAGACUUCACCAAAGUCAUCAUGGCCAAGGGAAAGCUACACAAGGACAGGAAGGUUGCUGUAGUGAUUGACUCUUUGAGUUCUCUACUUCUCUUCCGACCAGUGCCAUAUACUUGUCAGACUCUUCAUAAGCUGUCGGACGGUAAUAGAAUAGGAGCUUCCAUUGAACAUGUUGUUGCAUUGGUACAUCAUGAUCUGCAUGAAAGUAACAGCCUCAGUCUGGUGGAGCACACAGCAUCAACAGUAAUUAGAACGUCACCUUCACAAUCUGCAGGACAUGAAUUCUGCUGUACUACUCUUCAUAAAAAGAUCUCCGGAAAAAUCAUCCGAAUUAAAGAGCAUUUCAACAUUAGUGACCAAUUUGAGAUUGAAAACAUCACGGAGUUGAAGUCUCUUAUCGAUGAAACACCACAACAACCUACCGGACAGGUAGAUCCUGCUGCUAAUUUGACCUUUAACCUGUCAUUGACUGAUCAGGAGAAGAAAGCACGAAGCCAGGUGAAACUUCCAUAUACUUAUGACCAGGACAGGAUAGAAGCAACAUUAAAUAAGUCAGUCGGUGAGGGGAAGAUAUUCUACCAGCCAGACGAGGCAGAUGACUUUGAUGAGGAAGAUCCUGAUGAUGACUUGGAUGUGUGAUAAUUCUAGAUCUACUAUCCUGUAUUACAAGUUCAAUCUGACCUUGCUGACCAGUGAAGCCUGUGUGGAAAUUGGAGGAAAAAACAGUAAUCAUUCUAAUUGAGUUGAUACAAAUUAAAAAAAAAAAACUCUUUUUUUUUAUCAAAAUCAGCUAUUGUCAUUAUAAUUCUGUCAAAGAAUUUCAUAAGAACAAUUUUUGUCAUGUCGUAAAAAUAUUUUUCUUUGCCAUUUUUGGCAAGUGCUACUGUAAAGUGUUCCUAUUUUCUUCACCUAGAUUUUGAUAGGACUUUGUAAACAUGCAGUGACUUUGACAUCCGAGCGAGGAGAAAUAAUCUAAAAUGUUAUUUCUGUGAACUGAAGGUAAUAAAAUAUAUAGUAACUUUA